AUGCCAGCGGCCAGCACCCCGUCCCCCAGCAAGCGCGCGCGGCCCCAGGAGGAGCGCCCCGACACCGAGCCCGAGCCCCCCCGGCUGCGCUUCGUGCGCCUCUCGGACCGCGCCACCGCCCCCGCCAAGGGCUCCCCGCGCGCCGCCGGCUACGACCUCUACAGUGCCUAUGAUUAUACAGUACCUCCCAUGGAGAAAGCCCUGGUGAAAACUGACAUUCAGAUAGCCCUUCCUUCUGGGUGUUAUGGAAGAGUAGCUCCUCGUUCUGGCUUGGCUGCAAAACACUUCAUAGAUGUUGGAGCUGGUGUCAUAGACGAAGACUACAGAGGAAAUGUUGGUGUUGUACUAUUUAAUUUUGGCAAAGAAACGUUUGAAGUCAAAAAGGGUGAUCGAAUCGCACAGCUCAUUUGCGAACGCAUUUUUUAUCCAGAAAUAGAAGAAGUUCAAGUUUUGGAAGCAACAGAAAGAGGCUCAGGAGGUUUUGGUUCCACUGGAAAGAAUUAAAUGUGAAUAUUUUUGUAGUUGUUAAAAAUAA